UGCUGUGGCACGAUUGUGCGCUUAGAGUGUGUUUUAGUCACCAUUUGAACCUCCAGUUGGCUUGUUUCGCGCCUCAACGACACUCGAGGGGGUCCCCAAAGCUCUUGUUUUCUUGAUAACAUUUUUUUCCCACUAAAUUGAAGUACCUCCAAUUUUCGCGCGUUUAUACCUGAAUUUGGAUACUUUUCUGGCUAAUUCUUAUUGGCCAAAGUGGCUAAAGUUAUGGGACAUUUUGUGUAAAAAGUUUUAAAUUUAAUUGAAUUUUCGGGUGCAAAUUGCCUAUUCUUUUCCGUAUAAUUUUCGCAUUCACGGAAGCACAAAAAGUGGGUGAGAACAGUUGAAAAAAGAAGUGAAUAAAUGUCACUGUGUUGAAUUUGUUGCUAAUUCUACCUCAUUUAGUCAACUCUAGUCUACGGAAAACGGUCACAUGGACAAUGUGUCAGUGAAAUUGUGUUUUAAAAAAAAUAUAUAAAUCUCAAAAAUACAAUCAAACAAGACAAAAGUGCGAUAAGAACUACAAAAUUUUAGUAUGAUAUAAAGUGAAAUUUCGAGGAGCAAAAGACAGAAAGAUAUGCAACAUGAUCUCGCACAUGACAAACAUCAGUGUCGAGCCGGAAGUUUAGUGAAUUGUGAUGCACGCUAGAGUAGGUUCAUCUGAUGUGCUUUCAGCCUAGACCUCUUAUUUAAUUGUCUGUCCAAGUGCGACAGUGAAAAAGUGUCUCUCGAUCACUGGAUCAGCAAAAAAAAUGAGCAUUGAAGCACUUGUUGGUGAAAACUGCGAAAAUGCUGGGAAUAGUGAGUACGAUCGUGUGAUCUUGAGCAGUGAUCGCGAUGAUCAUGCUGAGAAUCGCCUAACGCUGGAUGACUACAGGCGGAUUCUGCGAGAGUUGGAUCAAAAUCGUGAUCUUCAGAAUCGAAGGCGCGAAAAAUUGAGCCAAGUGAGUCAGAGGCGAAAUUUACGAAAGAAACGUGCUUCAGAUGCAAAUCAAGAGACUUCAACACGCUCUUCAUCCUGCUACCUCUGCAAUAUCCGUGUGGCCCUUGAGGACAUAACAACUUUUGCCGUUUGCAGAGGAUGCGACAGAACAGUUUGCAGAGGGAAAAGAUGUUCGGAUUGGGAUAGAGGAACUGGAUACUGGGAAUGUGUAUCUUGCAUCCGAAAUAGAGACAGUCAAAUAAGGGCUGGCGAAUGGAUACUUGAUCAACUCAAUCAACGAUUUAAGAGUCCACAAAGUGACACCUCUAGGGAUGAUUUAUCUUUUAAAGAUGCCGAAACACAAUCCGAUGGAAGUUUUCUGGGAUCAGCGCAUUCGAUUUCGCUGGAGCAGAAGGAAAAAGUUCGAGAGUUCCUUGAAGAAGUUAUAGCUUCAAUGAUAGGAGGAUCGCUGGAUAGUGUUCCAGUCAAUCAAAUAUACAAGCAUCCAAGUUAUCUUCCUCUGCAGGAAGAUGGUCCAGCAGUGGCUCAUGUCAAUCUCAAGAGAUUGAUCCAGAAAGUCAUCGAGGAAGCCCUCAAUCUGCCUGAUUUAUUCAACUUCAGCGGAUACCCUCAACCUCCUGAAUCCCACUUGCCCUAUUUUAGCACUAAAAAAUAUGAGCAACUUCUUGCAACAGCCGUCCUCAAUAAGGUGAUUGAUCACUAUCGCAACCCAAAAAAUCAUCAGGAAAACAGCUCUGGAAUCCAGUCAGGAAGUGAAUUUGACAGCAAUCACAAUGCUUUGAGCGACAAGACUGCAGUUCUUUCACCAAUAAGCAGCCAGAAAGCGCUCGAUAAGAGACUCGAAGAGGCAUCUCAGACUUCGGAAUCAAGUCUCAAAACACGCAGUACUGAGAGUGACGAAACCUAUCUCAGUGACUACAUUCAGAAGCACCGGGUACCACUUCCAGAUCUCUCAGCUGCCUCUUCUGAGAGCACUGUGGACGAUAAUUCAUCGGAAAUUCUAUCAACAGCUGGAACUGAGGGCACUUGGGAGGAAAAUUGGCUAUUUAAAAAACGCAAAGUAAAGACGGAAACUAAUUCCACAGCCAUCGGAAUGUUGGUUCCAUCGCCCACUGAGGAAGUUAAAGCUCUGAUUGGGGACAAAAAUGUCGAUGAAGUGAGUGAUCUAUCAGAAGCUGGAUCAGAUGCUGAAGAAGAUACACAAGAUCGUCCAGCAACAAAAUUAAUCGAAAGUAAAACAAUUAUUGGAGGAAAAAAUGAACUGAUCUCCCUUGAAGAUACUUCAUCGGCUACAGAUAGUCUCCUAUCAAAUCCAGACUCAGGAAUUAAUGUUACAGAGGCAAAGAAUGAGGUUCUUGUGACAGAUGGAGACUUUGCAGAAGCCCCACAAAAUACAAAUCCCACCCAGGCUAUCAAUGAAAAUAUUGGGACAGUCAUUAAUGGCACAGACAUUCCCAUUCCAACUCCAAGACAAUCUGCAGUCACCGAGAAAGUGGAGGAGAAUCACGUUCUGGAGAAUCACGAGCUCAAAGAUCAAAUCCAAGAGGAAACAGUCAGUCCCAGCAGUUCGGAUUUCUAUAAGAGAAACUACCUGUGGGAAUUAAAACCGGAAAAUCUUCCGCAGAGUGACAAUUUGCCCAAUUCUCCAAAUUUCCCCGGAGAUUGGGUACUUAUUCAAGGAUGCUGGGAAGUACGUGAUCCUAAUGAAAGCAUUCUCAUAAAUGCCGGGCAAUACACAGCAGCCCCGGUUGCUCUAACGCCUGAAGAAAUUAAAGAUUCAAUGAAUCAUCAAGUACUUCAUCCAGAUCAAUGGUAUGGAUAUAGGUAUUUGAAUGAAUUAAAGCCUGACACACUUCCAGUGCCAGAAGGAAAUGUAAUAGUCCAAGGUGAAAAGGAACUAGAGACUCAGUCAGUGGAUAGUCAAAUCCAGACAAAGUUGGAGAAACUUCCCAUUCCAUCUACUUCUCAAAACACCCAAGGAACUACUGAUAAAACCCUCCCUACACCUGAAAUAGAACUCUCCAAUACCGAUGACUUUGUCUGUGUUAUGAAAUAUGACGAAAAACGCCAAUUGAUUGUCUGCGAAUCACCCAAAGCCAAGAGGAAAGUUACUCCUGAAGAUGCUAGUGAGGCCCAAAAUCCUGAAAUAUUGCAAGAUUCAAAUGAUUGGGAACCUCAGGUGUGUGAAACUGUAGAUGAUGAUGUUAAGGAAACCCCUCCAGCAGCUGAAGAUGAUGUAGUAUUCCAAGGAAAUUCUACAAAAAUAGUCGAAGCUACUGAAUGCCACAAGUCUCCUGUACCACUUCCCAGAACGCGAAGUGUGAAGAAGUCCCAAGGAGAGGAAAAUUCAACAUUGGAGGCAACUGAAACACAAUUGACCAAAACACAGUCAGAAAAUAGACAUCAACAGAUGACUGAGAACAAAACUGUACAGAUUCAUCAGUCCAAGAUUGAACAGAAUAUCAAGGAGGAAAAAGUGAUUGAACAAAGUUUGCAAGUUAAAAAAUCUGAAAGUCAUGAAAGCAAACAAAAAGAUAUUCACAUUAAAGUUGAUAAUGUUCAAGAACAUGUAGAGAUUGUGCAAAAGACUGAAAAUGUGCAAAAAAUUCAGGAGAAUCGCAUUGAAGUGAAAACUGAGCAGGUUCUUGAAGAGAAAAGAACAAAAAACAAAGAAAAAGUUCAGGAUAGUACCACUAGGAUUCAACAAGAGCUUAAUAGAGCACCUGAAAUCCACUUGAAAACAUUAGAAGUUCCUCCUGAAGUAGAAGAACAGAAGAAAAAUCCUGAAGUUGAUCUAAAAACAGUUGGAGACCUUAAGGAGGAUAAGGAUAACCAAAAUUCCAAGUCAGAACCACCUAAAUCAUCCAGUGAAGUUCAUUUGAGAAUGGAGAAAGUUCCGGAAUUAGAACCUAAAGUAGUUCCUAAAAUCUAUGUGAAAACAGAGGAAGUUUCUAAGGAACCUAAAGAGGUUCCUGAAAUUCAUGUGGAAACAGAAGAAAUUCCCAAAGAACCUAAAGAGAUCCCUGAAAUUCAUGUGAGAACACAGGAAGUUCCCAAAGAACCUAAAGAGGUCCCUGAAAUUCAUGUGAGAGCACAGGAAGUUUCCAAGGAACCUAAAGAGGUUCCUGAAAUUCAAGUGAGAACCGAGGAAGUUUCUAAAGAACCUAAAGAGGCUCCUAAAAUUCAAGUGAAAACCGAGGAAGUUUCUAAAGAACCUAAAGAGGUUCCUGAAAUUCAUGCGAGAACACAAGAAGUUUCCAAGGAACCUAAAGAGGUUCCUGAAAUUCUAGUGAGAACCGAGGAAGUUUCUAAAGAAUCUAAAGAGGUUCCUGAAAUUCAUGUGAAAACAGAAGAAGUUUCCAAAGAACCUAAAGAGGUUCCUGAAAUUCAUGUGAGAACAGAAGAAGUUUCCAAGGAACCUAAAGAGGUUCCUGAAAUUCAUGUGAGAACCGAGGAAGUUUCUAAAGAACCUAAAGAGGUUCCUGAAAUUCAAGUGAGAACCGAGGCAGUUUCCAAAGAACCUAAAGCGGUUCCUGAAAUUCAAGUAAGAACACAAGAAGUUUCAAAGGACCCUAAAGAGGUUCCUGAAAUUGAUUCGAAACUUCCUAAAGUAGAAAUUACAGCAACUGCUGAGGUUCCAGAAAUUCAUGUGAAAACCGAGGCAGUUUCCAAAGAACCUAAAGAGGUUCCAGAAAUUCAUGUGAAAACCGAGGAAGUUUCAAAAGAACCUAAAGAAGUUCCUGUAAUUGAUUCGAAACUUCCAAAAGAAGAGACUACAGCAACUGCUGAGGUUCCAGAAAUUCAUGUAAGAACAGAAGAAGUUUCUAAGGAACCUAUAAGAGUUCCUGAAGAUCAUUUAAAAACAGAGAAAGCUUCUGUAAACACUAAAGCUGCUCCUGAAGUUAACGUGAAAAUAGAAAAAGUUUCUGAAGAUCCUAAAGAUGUUGCAGACGCUCACCUGAAGACAGAAGCAAAUCCUGAAGAACCUAAAAUGGUUCCUGAAAUUCACGUCAGAACAAAUGAAGUUCAAGUGUCUUCUGAACCUAAAGAGGUCCCUGAAAUUCAUUUGAGAACAGAGAAUAUAUCAAAAGAGGGACUUAAUUCAUCUCCUGAAGUUCACUUGAGAGUAGGAAAAAUUUCUGAAGAACCUAAGUCAGUUCCUGAAGCUCAUGCAAGAAUAGAGCAAGUUUCAGAAGAAUCCAAAGACAAAAAUCCUAAGUCAGUUCCUGAAAGUCAUGCGAGAACAGUUAAAGAGGAACCUGAAAUGCAGUUGAGAAAUAUAGAGGCUGCAAAAGAAAAAGAACCUGAAUUAGUAAGUCAGGAUCUUAAACACGAAGAAUCUAGAAGAGCACCAGAAAUUCAUGUAACUAGAGCGGAGUCUCUUGAAGUAAAAGAGCCAGAAAAAUCCCGUGAAAUUCACGUAAAAACAGAUAAAGUUCUAAAAGAAGAACUAGUUGAAGGUCCUAAAACUAAAGAAAUUAAUGUGAAAACUGUAGAAGUUUCAAAGGAAAUCACUGUAAAUGUUGAGAAAACCACAAAGAAAACUACAGAGAUCCAAGGAUCUUCCAAAGAAAUCAUUUCUGAGCAUCAAACGAAGGGAGUGUCUGAUGAAGAGUUGAAUGCUAAAAUUGAUGAAAUUCUAAAAGAAGAUCCACCAACAGAAGCUGGCAUAAUGAGUACCAGUCUGGAAAUCAAAGAACAGCUCCAGAAGAUUGUCAAAACGAGCAAUGUGGAGCAAACACAAGAAGUUGAAAGGCCAAAAACUCUCAAUUUGGAAGCAGAACCUGAUGAUUUAAAUGAAGAACAAGUUCAUCUUCGCUAUAAAAGUCCAAUCUUUCAAGAUCUUCUCCCAAAAAGUCCCCCAUCAGUUGUGAAACUUUCAGAAAUUCCAAAUGACGAGCUAUCAAAGUUAAUAAGUGUGGCUAACAUCAUCAAGAGAUCUUCAUUGCAAUCUCCAGAAGAGCCGGAUAAAGGGUUGGGUGGUGGUAGCACGAAGCAUGUUGUAGAGGAUACUAACAUUCAAACUAACCAACAACAAGAAAAAAUGAAAGAAAUCCCAACUAAUGUCGGAUCUAUUGAAACAGUCUCCAAGUCUAGAACAUCGGAGACUCUAUCACAAAGUCCAGAACCAGAUAGCCUUGAGGAAGAACAUCUGAUUCCUGGAUCUAUCGCAGAAAGAGAACAUCUCAAGUGGCAACAUCCUGAUGCUGACAUACCUAAUAAUCCCUACUCUCCAGAAGCUCUGCAACAACGACUAGUGGGUAAAACCUAUCAUAGUCAGAGCACUACUGGCAGCACCACCUCAAACAUCGAAUCCCCUCCGAAAACCCCAGAAAGAUCCCUACAAGUAGUUCUUGGUGAGAACAGCCCAGAUUACAAAAGAUACGGCAGAGAUUACUACAUAAACGAUGCCAAAAAAUCAUCAGGCACCAGGAAGAAGCAGAUGGAUAUCAUCACAAUGCCAUCAGAGGAGGACAAAUCGGGAGUAUUUGUGGCCACGCCCAUUCGAGUGGAUGAAUCUGAAGUGUCUGGAGAUUCACUGACUCGCAUCAGUAUUGAUUCUUCAGAGACUAGCAAUACAUCGCUUCAGCUCACGGAUAGCCUAACGCCCAGCGAAGACUCAGACACAACCAGGAUCUAUGAGAUCGAAACCAGGGAAACACGACUCCUUCGACAGAGUGUCAUUCUGAGUGCCAAGAAGCCCAUCGGAAGCACAAGAACCCCACCAUCAACACCAACUGAAGAAGAUAAUCCUCCACCUACAUUCCCAAUUUCACCCCAAGCCAUUCAGGAGGAGACUAGUGCUCUCAGAGAAAUCGAAGAAGAAACCCUUGAGUGCGUUAAAGUGGGCCAAAAGGAGAAAGUUGAUGAGAUUGUGAAAUCAGGGCAGAAAAAAUCAAUAUCACCGGAAACUGUUAAGUUCUUCACUCCCAAAAAACCUCCUGUAUUCACAGCAACUACCCCUACAACGCCCGAAAAGUCUGUGCAGAAUGGAUCUUCUGGUAUAGAGAAGAAGAAAGAGAUCAAUAACAAUGAUGUAGUGAACAAAAUGGUGAUUGAGGAAGAAGUUUUGUCCACAUUGCCGUCCGUUAAGAAGCUAAUGAGUACCUUUUCGGCUGUUAGCAAUCAAGCUGAUGAUACUAAGAAACCCAUACCCAACAACAGACCAAAAUCCCUACCCCUUCAGACUGACCAGGAAGCAAGUAAAGCCCCUGAAAAUGGGAAGAAGAGCUCUCCUAGCAAUGGAAAAUCCCCUAUGGUUCCUGGAUACAGUAUCACAGCCAGGAGUUUGUCGAAGCAAUUCCGCGACGAAUUGAAACAUUCGACGAGUCAGGAAGAUGAGACACCACCUGAGACCCGUACUAUCGCAAAGGAAGAGGAGAAGGGAAAGAGACAUUCGAGUCCAGAAAGGCCUCCAAGCCCAGUACUAGUCCCUGGACGUCUCAAAAAUAACAUUGCCUUCUUUGAGAAUUUGCGCAAAAAAUAAUGAGACUUUGCCCCCUUCCCCAAUUUUUUUUUUUUUGAAAUCCCGGAGAAGGGGACCAAAUGUCCCAGAGAUAGGGUCACGCAUCAAAAUGUGCCAUUGACAAGGAGAGAGCUGAAUAUUUUUUUUCCCAUCAUCCUAAGAUGCUACUCGACAAGCUCAAAAAAAUGUCGAAAUGUUUUUUUUUUUUAAUUUGUAAAUACCUGUAAUGCAUUCUAUUACCUGAAAUAUAAAUCCUACAUCUUGUAUUGAAA